CUACUUUUCUCACUUGGCGUCCAGAGCUCGGGCUGACCAGACGCGGAGCCGCUUAGUGUUUCCUCCUCCUCCCCCUGCCGGGGUCUGUCCUCCCUCUGCCGUAUCCUCUUUCUCCGCCUGCGUUCCCGGGGGGCGGGGGGGGGGGGCAGUGUGUGGGAAGAACGAAUUUCCGCCCGAUUUUCUCGCCACUCGCCGAGUUUGGCCCCUUCCGGACACAGCCUGCGCGCCCCCGGCUCCUCCCCAAGCUGUUCCUCGGAGGCCGCACUCAGUGUCCGGGAACGGGAGCGAGGAGGCGCCGGCUGCGGGGGCCGAGCGCCGGGGCGCAGGAGCCAAGCCGCGCCCCGAGGAGCUCUUGGAAGUGUUCCCGCCUGCAGCUGGGGAAUCCACUCGGCGAGGAAAAUCCGCGCCAGGGAAUCCAGCUCUCCGGCCUCUGCAGCAAACAAAAAGCGCGAGGUCUUGCUCCCUCCCCCGCCCCCGAGGCGCACCCGGAGAAACAGUUUUCUGCAGAAAUGCAACAAGUAGCACCCGGAGCUCGCCGAGCGCCCAGCGCCGCCUGACUUGUCCAGGCGAAUUCCGCCUGCAGAGACCCGGUCCAGCCACCGGACAAAGAGCUUAGAAGGGGCCAGACAGAGCAGCGGAGUCCAAAAGAGGCCAUUUAGCGACUCAGGCCAGGCCAAGGGGAAUGCAGAGGAGACACAGAGCCGGCGGGCCAAGAGGACGAUCCGGCCGCAGCACGCAGGGCGGGCGGCGAUGGAGGCUGCCCGCGUCGUGCGCUUCCUGCUCGUGGUGUGCGGGUGCCUUGCGCUCCCGCCGCGGAUCGAGCCCGUGUGCCCUGAGCGCUGCGACUGCCAGCACCCUCAGCACCUCCUGUGCACCAACAGGGGUCUCCGCGCAGUGCCCAAGACCAUCUCGCUGCCAAGCUCCCAGGAGGUCCUCACCUACAGCCUCGGCGGCAACUUCAUAACCAAUAUCACGGCUUUCGACUUCCACCGUCUGGGGCAGCUCCGACGACUGGACUUGCAGUACAAUCAGAUCCGCUCUCUACACCCCAAGACCUUCGAGAAGCUCUCGCGGCUGGAGGAGCUCUACCUGGGCAACAAUCUCCUGCAGGCGCUAGCUCCGGGUACGCUGGCUCCGCUGCGCAAGCUGCGCAUCCUGUACGCCAACGGAAACGAGAUAGGCCGCCUAAAUCGCGGUUCGUUCGAGGGCCUGGAGAGUCUGGUGAAGUUGCGGCUAGACGGGAAUGCCCUGGGGGCUCUGCCCGACGCCGUCUUCGCCCCCCUGGGCAACCUGCUCUAUCUACAUCUGGAAUCCAACCGGAUCCGCUUUCUGGGCAAGAACGCCUUCGCCCAUCUGGGCAAGCUGCGCUUCCUCAAUCUCUCUGCCAACGAGCUACAGCCCUCCCUGCGCCACGCGGCCACCUUCGCACCGCUGCGCUCCCUCUCCACCCUCAUCCUCUCCUCCAACAGCCUGCAGCACCUGGGGCCGCGCGUCUUCCAGCACCUGCCGCGCCUCGGCCUGCUGUCGCUCAGGGGCAACCAGCUCUCACACCUCGCUCCGGAGACCUUCUGGGGUUUGGAGGCCCUGCGCGAGCUACGCCUCGAGGGCAACCGGCUGAAUCAGCUGCCUGCGGCACUGCUGGAGCCGCUGCACAGCCUGGAGGCGCUGGACCUAAGCGGCAAUGAGCUGUCCGCACUGCACCCCGCCACCUUCGGCCACCUCGGCCGCUUGCGCGAACUCAGCCUGCGCGACAAUGCGCUCAGCGCCCUCUCCGGGGACAUCUUCGCAGCCAGCCCCGCCCUCUACCGGCUGGAUCUAGACGGCAACGGCUGGACCUGCGACUGCCGGCUGCGGGGCCUGAAGCACUGGAUGGGAAACUGGCACUCUCAGGGCCGGCUCCUCACCGUCUUCGUGCAGUGUCGCCACCCCCCGUCCCUUCGGGGCAAGUACCUGGAUUACCUGGAUGACCAGCAGCUGCAGAAUGGGUCUUGCGGGGAUCCUUCGCCCUCUGCUUCCCCGACCGCCAACAGUGGGCGGAUGUCUCUACCCACAGGCGCGGGGGAGGAGAUGGCGCCCCCUGCCGGCAGCCUCGCCGAGGAGUUGCCGCCCCAGCCGCAGCCGCAGCCGCAGCAGCGGGGGCGAUUUCUGCCUGGGGUGGCCUCGGAUGGGGCCGUCAGGGAGCUUAUCAGCAACCGCAGUGUACUGAGGCUGAGCCAGAGGGGCCCCGGCCUCCAGCAGCCGGAUCCCUCCGCUGCUGCUGUCGCGGUCCCAGCGCCACGCCUGCUGGACCUGCAAGAGAAGCCCGUGGGGGGACGCCCGACCCGGCCCGGCACCGCACUCUCGGAGCCCACCCCGACGACGGCGUCUGGCUCUGCGCCUCCGCCGGCCGACGACCCCUGGCAGCGCGCGGCGAAGCAGAGCCUGGCAGCGGAGCAGCAGGAACGCGCCGUCCAGGCCUACGGCAGGGUCGGCCUGCCUCCGCUGGUGUCCGACCCGUGCGACUUCAACAAGUUCAUCCUGUGCAACCUGACAGUGGAGGCUGUGGGCGCCAACAGCGCCUCGGUGCGCUGGGCAGUGCGCGAGCACCGCAGCCCCCGGCCUCUGGGCGGCGCGCGCUUCCGCCUGCUCUUUGACCGCUUUGGCCAGCAGCCCAAGUUCCACCGCUUCGUCUACCUGCCCGAGCGCAGUGACUCAGCCACGCUGCGAGAGCUGCGCGGGGACACACCCUACCUAGUGUGCGUGGAGGGCGUGCUCGGGGGCCGGGUCUGCCCCGUGGCCCCCCGGGACCACUGCGCCGGGCUAGUCACCUUGCCGGAACCGGGGAGCCGAGGCAGCGUGGACUACCAGCUGCUGACCUUGGUCUUGCUGGCGGUCAACGCGCUGCUGGUGCUCCUGGCUUUGGCAGCCUGGGCGUCGCGCUGGCUGCGGAGGAAGCUGCGGGCCAGGCGGAAGGGCGGGGCCCCUGUCCACGUUCGCCACAUGUACUCCACCCGACGGCCCCUGCGCUCCAUGGGCACCGGCGUGUCAGCAGACUUCGCGGGUUUCCAGUCGCACCGGCCGCGCACCACGGUGUGCGCACUCAGCGAGGCUGACCUCAUCGAGUUCCCCUGCGACCGCUUCAUGGACAGCGCAGGCAGCGGGACGGGGGGCAGCUUAAGGAGAGAGGACCAUCUUCUGCAGCGAUUUUCGGACUAGGUCCAAGGCUUCCAGGGGUGUGGAGACCAUCUCACUGGCCUUGAGGAGCCACCUUCACGCAGGGCCCCUCAACCCACCUCAGGGAAAGCACCCAUUUUAUCAGACUUUCACCUUUCCCAUGUAUGCAAUUGCCAAGGGGGAGGCCAAAAGGGGGAGAGAGCCAAUUUCGGCACCAUCUCCAAUCCCCCGUACUCCCUCAUGAAGUAAAUGGAUGGUGCUUGGUGGUCAAGGCCAAGAGCAGAGGACACAUGGAUGGGGUGCAGAGGUGGGAGGCCUUCUUCACGUGGAGGCCGUGGUACAGUUUUGGCAGUGGCUUUUGUGGGAUUGCAAAGCAAUAAACCUAGCCUCCUGGGGUAGAGAAGGGUCCUUGGGCCCCAACAUAGCCAGAAAGAGAUUGGGGUGCAUGCCUUUUCCUUGCUUAGUGUCACAGAGGAGCUUUGUUUCUAUUUAAGGAAAAAGGAACUUAUUAUCGUUACAAAGAAGGCUUGGCAGCUGACUCCACUGGUUUGGUGGUCUCUGCCAAGAAAAAAGACAUUGUAAACAGGUGGCAAAGUUUAACACAUCCACCAAGGAACUCAUUAAUGUUGACUUGAGAGAACAUUCAGGAUGCUUUGGUGUUUAAAUAACAAGAGACACUAAUUUUUUUCAACAAUGUGAAGAACUCUGACAUUUAACAAACUGAACAAUAAACUCACGGACUAUAUUAGCUGGACUUGGUCGCGUUCAACUAAUUUCCUUCUUACGUUAACAUAAGAAGAUGCUUUGCUGGCUUCCAGGAUAACUAAGAUUACAUUCUCAGGAGUAGCCUGUCUGUAAGACUUUCCUGUCAGUUUGCUCCUGUGUUUUUUGUUUUUUUUAAACCUGUAUAUGGAAAUGCCAGACUUGAUAAGGCAAGUAAUGUGUAUGUAACUGAUGGACUCUGGGGGGAACUGAAGUCCAGUUCACGUCCUGCAUCUCUGACGGUCUGUUUAGAUUGGGAUAGAUGUGGUGUGGCACUAUCAUGUUUUUAUAGUGACAUACAGUUGACUGUGCCCUCCUUCCUUCUCUUGAGGUGCACAGUUAAUCGAUAACAUAAUUUCCUAAUUAUAAGAGGGGAGCAAAAGGUGAUCUGUCAUUUGAUAGUAUAACGUUCAACCACGUUAAUGUCUUAUUCUAUAUGAAAUAGUAGAAGGAAAGAAAUUAUGGGAAAAAAUGUGAAAAAAGUCCAUCAUUGGGUGUCUGUUUCUACUAAAACCAGAAGAUUCUAUGAGUACUUAGACCUCACUGUGAAAUAAUUAAUACAUUUUGCAAAACAGUCUCUCCAUUGCCCAGUGUUUCACUAUGUUAUUGAGUCUUAUCUUUUAGUUAAGGGUGGCAGUAUUUCUUUUAAAUGUUUUUGUUUGAAACUUAGGGUUAGGUUCCUGUAUUUGUUCAGUUGUUUUAAACUAUCUGGAGUAGCUUCUUUCCCUGAUAUUUACGAAAUACAUGUUUGACACUAGAUGUAGUGGUUUGGUUUACAUUAGUAGUUUUGCAUGGGAUCUCAAAAUGCUGUCGUUAGGAGGGUGCACACCAUGCUUAUUUUCACAAGCCCGUGUUUUAGCGGAAGUGGAGUGCAGUGGAGGCCACUAUACUGGUGCUAAGGUCAACAGUGAAUCUUUUGUCUAGGGCCUUAAAGCCCCUGAGGUCCUAAUGACUCAGGGAAUCCAUCACAGUCCAGGGGUUCUUCAACCCCAGUUCACUCCUUUUAUAUUUGGCCUGGAUUUAGCAGUGCCUGCGGUGGCCCGGACAGCUGAAGAGGGACCCAGAGAUCUAAAUUAGCUGAUCUUUGUUUAUGUUCAGAUGAGUAAAUGUCCAGACCACUUAAGCUGCAGCUGCUUUUCUGGCAGUCUUAUCUAUGGGGCCAAAACUUCAUAAACCACAGGAAAUAGACUGCCACUCAAUCUGCUGCCAGGGCUUGUUUUAGAUUCAGAGCAUAUUGUACACAGGAAAGGUGAAGUUGCUUACUCUUAUUUCCAACCUUUAGGCUCUGGGGUGCCUGUCUGGCCCCAUUCUUGGCUUGUUUUCACUUGCAGAGCUAUUGCAUCUUUGAGCUGUUUCUUCUGCACAGCAGUGUGUUAGUGAGUCCCAGAUGAAAGUAUGGAAAAGAUCUCUGGUUCCUCCCCUCACUACCAACCCUUUCAAAUGAAGAAUAUCACUGAAAAUGCUUAAUGCCUGGGUCUAUGUUCUAUUUAACAGUUUCACUGGAAGGUUUUUCAGUGGGAAAUGAAUAAAUGUUAUACACUGGUGUGUUCAGAUACAUCAAUAAAGCCAGUUACUAAUAGAGAUGUUUUAUUGUUGAAGUUUCAAAAUAUUUUCUGCAAAGAUACACUGCAUUUUAAUCAGCACAGAUGAAACACGAACUUGAAAUCUUCCCUGCUUUUCCACUGUUUUAUUUUUUAAUUUCCAUUUUCAUAGUAGAGUGUGGACAUUACUUGACUUUUUUUUUUUUAAAGAAAUCAUGGUGAGACUUUAUGCCCAAAGAAACAAUGAGAUGGCUGUAAAGGCAGAUGGUCAGCCACGGUGGGAAAGUGUUGUUAAACACCAAUCGCAGUGAGUUGACCGUCUCAGCGGGCCUUGCCUCUUUAAAGGAAGCCGAAUUAAAGGCCAACCCCUUUGACUUUCAUGAUCAAUAAAAAGAAGGAAGAAUUGUGAUCUGGAGGUGAUUUUUGCCAUUACAAAGUUUUUGCAAAGAUAUAAUUCCUAAAAAUAACAAAUUUUGCAUGAGUUAGAAGUGUUCGAUGAAAUGACCAUUGAACGAUCUGGAAUUGUGGUGGUGGGACACUCAACUCAAAUAGGAUUUACUGUUUUCAUAAGGAAGACAACUUUGUGAGGCUGCCAGGUAGGAACUAGGGCGUGAUUACACCACAUUCACUAAUUGGCUGGGCAUCUGGUUUUCACCACAAGUACAGCAACAUGGGUAAAAAAAAUAAAAAAAUAGCUACUGUAUAUUAAGUGAGCAUUAAAAUAGACACUGGAGUAUCUGGCAUUCUUAGUUAACCACUCCCCUUCCGCUCCUAAAUUUGGAGAUAAAUGACAAUAAAGCAUUCUAAUGCCAGAAAUGUGUUCACAAUUCCAGACCGUGACCCAAGCUCAAAACAGAUUCUGACUCCUGCCUUUAUCACCCUCAGACAAUUGUAAUAGUGUUAAAGUUCAGAAUACUGAUAGUGAAGUGACGAGAGAAUCUUAGUCAUCAGAAGGUGGCAUUCAUUCUACUUACCUAAUCUCCUUGUGCCUCAGUUUCUUCAUCCAUUAAAAUGGGGGUCCUAAUCGUCAGGACAGCAUAGUUCUGUGAGGAGAAAUGAGUGAGGAGAGAGCAUUCAUCAGCACCUGUUACACGGUGGGUGUUGAGUAUUAGCUGUAGUAGCAUUCUGCAGUACACAGGACGAAGGAGUCCGUAGGUGGCGCAAAUGAUUGAGCACUUCACUACUAGCCAAAAGUUUGGCGCUUCAAAUCCACCCAGAGGUGCCUCGGGAGACAGGCCUGGUCAUCAGCUUCCAAAAGGUCACAGCCUUGAAAAGUCUACGGGGCAAUUCUACUCUGUACACGUGGAGUUGAGUUGUUAUCAACUAGGUGGCAGCUAACGACAACACAGGAUGCCAAGCGGCGUGAUGCAUGUUAGACUUUUCAUGGACCAGGCAUUUUUGCUUAAGCCCUAACCAGCCAGAGAAUUCAGGUAAUGAGAUUACAGCAAUUCCUUUUGCCCCCCUUGUUACUUGAGGCUCUCCUAUAAUUAGGUGUUGAAGGAUAGCUCUUGAAUUACUUUCUCAUGCUGUGUUAAAAAAAAAGUGAACACAGUAUAUUAGUUUGGGCAAAAACUUUUACAUUAUUCAAUUCUUGACGUAACAGUUCAUCUUUCAGACUGGAACUAAGGACGCAUAAACAGUCUUGCUUCUUUGUGCCCCAUCUUUCCAUUAAUUUAGUGAUAACAUUUCCAGCUGUCCUUUGCCUCUUAGUUUACUUAAAAGGAUACUUUGCGUUCACAAAUGCUUUUUUUCCAAGGAUUUCAAGUCACUUCAUCCAUCUCAAUCAUAUGGCAAAUAAUAUUCUUUUCAUUUUGCAUGGGGUAAGUGAGAUAUUUGGCUACUAUACUUAAAUAUAUUGCCUACUUAAAAAAUUCUAAAAGAAAUGUAGUUUUCUCAUAUCUGGUUGCUUUAUCUUGGGGCAGAGUGCAUAAAUAUCCCAUCACAUUGGUUCGACAGAUUUUAAGCUAUCGAUGGCAUGAUUUCUUACUGACACAGAGAGGUGGCUUUAUAAUUCAGUUGUACAGUGACUUAACUAGACUAAAAUAUUCCUGUAACAGCAUCUAUUGACUGUAAGUCCAAAGCAUUCUUUUCAAACUGACCAGGCUUUAUAAUGCCAGCUCUGUGCCAUAGCUGAUGUUGAGAUAGGGCAGCCCUUUGUGUAUUGAGACUAGCCGUGGCCAUGUAGCACUAUUUUCCUUUCCAAAUUAAAAUUUUUUGAUUAAGUAAUGCUUACCCUACAGCCUAUUUCAGAAUUAGCUAUUAGUAUCUGUAUGCUGAAGUUCCUGGAUGGUGCAACAGUUAAAACGCUUGGCUGCAAACCGAAAGGUUGGUGGUUUGAGUUCACCCAGAGGCACCUUGGAAGAAAGAUCAGUCAUUGAAAAACCGUAUGAAGUAGACUUCUCCUCUGAUACACUUGGGGUCAUUAUGAGUCCAAAUCUACUGGACAGCUACCAACAACAACUUCUAACCCUAGGAGUCCCUGGGUGGCACAAAUAGUUAAGCGCUCAACUACUAACCAAAAGGUUGGUGGUUGAAAUCUACCCAAAUGCACCUGGGAAGAAAGAACUGGCAAUCUGCUUCCAAAAAGGUCAUAGCCUUGAAAACUCUAUGGAGCAGUUCUACUCUGUACAUAUGGGAUCAUCAUGAGUUGUAAUCAACUUGACAGGCACUAACAACAACAACUAGAUAUUUGGUUACACAGUUGUAUACAGAUUUAUUUGUCAAAUAACAUGUACAUAACCUUAAUUUUAAGAACUGUUUACCUUCAAUAGCAAUUAUUAUGUGUAGUCAAUAAAUUUUCUUGAUUUGACAGACUUUUUUGGAGUUUUUGCACAAAUGGACAAACGUUCUUGUUAAAUUUGUGUAAUAGUUUAUGCUAAUAUAUGUACACAUUAGCACCCGGCAGUAUUAUAUAUUUUUUCUUUUUACUUAAUUCUUUUUCCCCAACAUUUUGUCAAUUAUGAGGGGAAACCUUUUCCAAAUAAAACUGUUGUGAGAUUC